UCCUUCCUUCCUUCCUUCCUCACCCACACACCAGCGGUAGGUAACAGCAGCCUCGGCGCGUCCACCACAACGGGAAAUAAACAUGGCGCUCAUUCCUUCCCAAAUCCUAAGAGUAGCUAUCCUCCUGUCGUAUUUCUCCAUCAUCUGCAAUUACAAAGCCAUAGACAUGCCCGCGCAUCAGACAUACGGCGGUAGCUGGAAGUUUCUGACGUUCAUAGAUUUGGUCAUCCAAGCUGUGUUCUUCGGAGUGUGUGUCCUGACAGACCUUUCUAGCCUCUUGAUGAAGGGCACAGCCAGUGUGGAGCAAGAGAGGCAACUCCGGAAGCUGAUUGGUCUGCGGGACUGGAUGAUGGCUGUGCUAGCCUUCCCUGUAGGAGUAUUUGUUGUGACCAUGUUCUGGAGCCUGUACCUCUAUGACAGAGAUCUGGUGUACCCAAGACUCCUAGAUAAUUUCAUACCUCAGUGGCUAAACCAUGGAAUGUCUCAUCAGAACUACAAGCACCUCUUGUUCCUGUAAAUGCCUUGGGCUGUACUGACGUUAGAUGUGAAAUUGGUAAGGUGAAGUGCAACCACUGAUUUCAAUCAGGUGCAACAAAGUCCACCACAAACUUGGCCCAUCAGUGGUCUGCCUUGUUUUUUUGUUAGGUAAGUCUGAUGAAUGUGAGCAGUAUUGUUUCUGUGCUUAACCACUCUAAUUCCAAGUCAUUAUGAAUCACAGAAAGGAAUUUUUAAACAAUUGCAGUGAGCAAAUGGAAAUGAUUGUGCAUGCAUACGCUUAAAAAUUAAUAGAUUCCUGUUCCUGACAACCUGCAGUACUUUUGCAACAGAGCACACUAAAUAUUCAGGGAGUAUAUCUCAGUUGUUUACUCAGUGGCACAAUUACAAAAUGUAUUGGUCGCAAAGUACGUUUUAUGUAAUAGACCUGGAAGAUCAUACCAAAUUGUUGGGACAGAUGAUUAUUAUCUCAGAUUAUAUUUGCUGCAUUUGUAAGUUUUGUUAGGGAAUUUACUGUAGUUAUUUGUUCUGUAGUCAGUUUCACACCCAUUUCUGAGGAUCAGACAAUGAUAGUGUGCUACACAAAUGAGUUAAUAUAUGAAUCAAGAUGGUCCCUACAACUCAUAUACGAAAACAAGAAUAUAAGCUAUUGGGCGUUUCAACUACAACAGGUUUUUAAAAGCAAAGCAAAGCAAAAAAAAAACAUCUCUGUGACUGGGAACAAUUUGGGAUAUGCAAAAGGUCUAGCUCAGCCAGCUUGACCGUGUGAUGGUUGUGGGAUUACACCAUUACACCAUUGUAAAUAUUUUGCCGCAUUCCAUGGUACUUCAUUUGUUUGUUUAUCCAUGCUUCCACAGCAACAGUCCUCCGCUUCUCCCUGCUCAUAGGAGCAAACAGAGACCAAGCUCUGUUACUGUGAAGCCUGGAUCUGCAAUUAAAGACAUGCUGCCAUCGCAGUUCUGUCUGCCUUUUGUAUUUUUAUCACUUAGGUAAAUCUGCUUACCUACAGCAGAGCAAUUCUGAGUGCUUUACACCUUACUUCCAAGGAUAGAAACCAGACUGAAGUUUGGAGGAGUGCAAGGUGUUGAUUAAAAACCGUUGCCAUGUUCUGUAGACAAGAAGUGCUAGAAUGACUCAUACUUUUGAAAAAUCAUUCAUUUGAAUAUAAGUGGAAGAUUUAGGAAACAUGAAGAGGACCAUGCUGUGCUGUGCAUUGGUCGGGGGCUUCACAUUAAACUUUCUGAAACUUUACAGAUGUUGGGGAAAUGGGUCUGGUUAUACAGGAAGCACUAGCAAUAUAGUAGGUGCUUCAGUGGAAGAGUAAUUAAUCAGUAAAACCAGUUUCAUAGAAUAUCCCCUUUUUAGUUUAGAAUUUAAAAAAUUAAUAUGAACAGGCUUAGUCCUAGAAUAGUUUGGCUUCUUGCAAUAUGAAAAUAAUAGCCACAGCACGGCAAUAAACUGUUCAAUACAAUUGAAUUUAUUGAGAUACAGGGAGAAACACUAGUUAACUACUUAACUAACAAAAGCUAAUCCUGAGUAGGAACAGACAAAGGAAAGAAGUUGUGUGUGUGUGUGGCAGAGAGGGAGAAAGGAAAAUAGUGUGUGUGUGUGUGUGUGUGUGUAAAAGAGAGAGAGAGUGUGUGUGCGAGUGUCUGUGUGUGUGUGGAUGUGUGCUCUGCUCUAGAGAUCUAGUCCGUGUGUGCUUGCAUGCUGAGAUUAUGAAAAUGCAUAACCAUGUGAGAUAUGUGUCCACGCCUAGUGGUAUGUGGAACAGGAGAAUAUGUAGAAAUAUAUGGCAGGGAGUUCAAACACUCCACACGUGGUGGAUGGCCAGCGAUAGAAACUCUAAAAAUAGUUCCAAAGGGCAGCAAUGUUAAUGAGAAUAAUGUUGCAGAGUUUGGACCUUAUUUUUCCUUGACAAACAUGGAGCUCACUGACUGAGUGGUUGUGUUAGUAAGCACAGAGUAACAUGGAAAGAUAAGAGAGAGAGAGGGAGACUUGUGGCAGUGCACAGAGAUCCCUGUAUCUGACAGAAUACUGAAUUUGAUCUGUCAUGGAUGCACUUCUUUAAAACUGCGGAGGUCCAGCCGUCCGGCGAAGUUAUAAGCAGCUGUUUCGCACACAACAGGAAGACAAACACACACACGUCGUGCUGCUGUGUAGAACUGGUUGAUUGUACACUGAUGAGUGAUGUGAGGCGUUCUCUCGUUAUGGUCCUACCAUGAUGGUCAGAGCCGAGAGAAACGUGAGCCUUCUUUUUGUGGCCACAUGGCAUGGUGAUCAGCCUGAGAGAGUGGUGAGAUGUCCUCACAUUUCUGUCCAUCCAGAGUGACGGUCAGACCAGACAGAGGAGGAGACAAUGUCUUGGAGGUCCUAUUGAGGGUGAACAAAGGCUGGUGCAUCCUAUUUUACAGAUUUUAACCUGAGUGCUGUAUCAAGUCACAUCCUUCCAGUGACUGUAAGAGUAUAGUGAUGAAAGGGCGCCCCCUAUCUGUGGAUGCAUGAUACUUACACAGAUUGUUCAUAAUAUUUGUUGCAGACGCAUGUACACAUCUGUUAAUAUUAAUAUGACUGCUGGAGUUGCUUAAAAGUGUCAUGGAGAAUGAUUUCCAAAAGCAUGAAAGAGAUCUUCCUUAUAUCUGAAAUCUCUGACAUUUUGAUGCUGUCAAACUGAGCGAUGCAUGUUGUGAAACUUUACAGGACUCUCUUAAAGGCACUGACAGUUCAUCAGAACUUAACGAAGCCUCUGUCAGGCUUUCAUGGCCAUACCGGGUGGCAGUUUACCUCUACCGUGUAAUUAGUUCACUAACAAGUCAGAGAAGUCAUGAGCUGCUGUCCUACACAACUGUGGGGUUGAAAAAGUUCAGUCCAUGUAACUUCUUACAUCUCCCCUAAGAGCUUAAGCCUUUCAAAAUGGCACCUUAAAGCCCUUAUAAAGUGAAUGGGUUAAACUUUUAACAACCACCACAGAACCUAAAUGUGCCCAGUCAGAACUGGUAGCAAUCGAAUCUGCUCCUGGCAAGAGUGUGACAG